GCUGCCCAGACCAAUACCAUUAAAAAUAUCAUGGACGAAAUCUCCCUCUUCUUCUCUGCCGCCAUAACCUUGGCCUCCGUCGUCCUCCUCUACCGCCUUUUAUUCCACCAACGAAAUUCCCGAUCUCUCCCUCUCCCGCCGGGCCCGAAACCAUGGCCUAUAGUCGGAAACUUACCGCAAAUUGGCGGAGCGCCUCUCCACUCCCUCCUCGCCGACAUGUCCGGAGAGUACGGACCUCUGAUGUACCUCCGAUUUGGCUCUGUCGAUGUCGUUGUCGCGGCAUCGGCAGCAAUAGCAGAGCAAUUCUUGAAGAUUCGAGACACUAAUUUCCUCAGCCGGCCGCCGAACGCCGGCGCUAAAUAUAUAGCUUAUAAUUAUCAGGACAUGGUUUUUGCACCGUAUGGUCCACGGUGGCGGUUACUCCGGAAGAUCAGUGCCGUCCAUCUGUUCUCCUCAAAAGCCCUAGAGGAUCAUCGGCGUGUACGCGAGGAGGAGGUGGGGGUGCUGGUACAGGCCCUUGCAAGGUCCGGAGAGGCACCGGCCACCUUGGGGAGUUUGCUCACCGUGUGCACAGCCAAUGCCCUCGGGCGGACGAUGAUCGGCCGACGUGUUUUCGGCGAUGGAAGUGGCGGUGGCGAUCCAAUGUCAGACCAGUUUAAGGCGAUGGUAGAGCAAGUCAUGAUUCUGUCCGGAAAGUUCAACCCCGGCGACUUUUUCUCGUGGCUUGAGUGGCUUGAUUUGCUGGGCGUGGCUGGAGAGAUGAAAAAGGUCCACAAAUGGUUCGAUGAUUUAAUGUCCAAGAUCCUGGAGGAGCACCGAAAUUUAUUGGCCACCGGCGGCGGCGGUGAGCACCAAGACUUGCUGAGCACGCUUCUGUCCACGAGGGAUCGCGCUAAAGAUGAAAACGAGAAGCUCAAUGACACUGAGAUCAAAGCUUUGCUAUUGAAUAUGUUCACAGCUGGAACCGACACGUCAGCAAGCACAGUCGAAUGGGCCUUGGCGGAGCUCAUCAGACACCCAAAGAUGAUGUACCAGGCCCAACAAGAACUGGACUCUGUAGUGGGCCGUGAUCGGGUAGUUUCCGAUCUAGACCUGCCGAAGCUCGGCUAUCUCCAAGCGGUGGUGAAGGAAACAUUCCGGCUCCACCCACCAACGCCGCUCUCCCUCCCCCGCAUGGCUGCCGAGAGCUGCGAAAUCAGCGGCUACCAUAUCCCUAAAGGCUCCACUCUGUUGGUGGACGUAUGGGCCAUCAGCCGUGACCCAAAAGAAUGGACCAGCCCACUCGAGUUUAGGCCCGAUAGGUUCCUCCCCGGUGGCGAGAAGGCCCACGUCGAUGUGAAGGGAAAUGACUUCGGGGUGAUUCCGUUUGGGGCUGGACGGAGGAUCUGCGUUGGGAUGAGUAUGGGCCUGAGAAUGGUCCAGAUGUUAACUGCCUCGCUGGUCCAUUCGUUUGAUUGGGCCUUACCUAGCGGGCUUUCGCCCGGUGAGUUGAACAUGGACGAGGCCUUUGGACUGACUCUGCGUCGGGCCCAGCCCUUGGUUGCGCAUCCUCGGCCCAGAUUAUCGCCUGGAGUUUAUCAAUGAUGGCCUUCGAUGCGUGACUUCUUA